AUGAUCAAAACAGAUGCUGCAAGGUAUGAGAGGGAUAACAGUUCUCACCCAUCGAUGUGCUCUGUAAACUGGAGAUGGAGCUUCAGAGAAAAUGGAAUGCAAGACUGGAAUCACAUAGAUAGCUACAACAAACAUUACCAGAUAAGAGACAUCCAUCUGGAUCUCCAAGGCAUUCACAGCACCCACAGCUCCAAAAACGCAGAGAAAAGCCAUGAUAGUCCAACCAAAUCUGAUUUUUUGGCCAUUGUUGCCGGGUUAAUAGCAUACCGUGUUGAUUCGUCUGCUAGCCUUUUUAAAAAGUAA